AUGUGGUCUCCUGGAAAAUCCCUGAAGGAAGCUUUGCUCAGUGCGCAGAGCGAGGAUCGUCUCACAGUUGGAGUCUACGAGAGUGCCAAAAUCAUGACCGAAGAUCCAGACAGUGCGUCUUUCUGCGUGCUGGCCGUGGGCGAGGAUUUCGAGUGCGAUGUGGGUCUGCAGAUCCACUUCACGCUCAUCCAGUCCUUCUGCUUCGACAACGACAUCAAUAUCGUCAGAGUGAGCGACAUGCAGCAUCUGGCUGAGAUUGUUGUUGACAAGUCGGAGCAUCUGGAAGAUGCCCACUGUGUCCUCAUCACGAACCCAUCUGACGGGGCUUGGGAGGACCCUUCUCUGGAGAAGCUGCACCAUUUCUGCGAGGAGAGACGGCUUCUGAACGACUGGGUUCCCAACAUUAGUCUCCCCGGGCGCUGA